GGAAGGAAAGAGGAAAUAAAAGAAACAUGCUGAGGAUGAAAGAGGAGAUGAGAGCUGUAAUUGGAUGAAAACACACGUUCUUCACAACAAGCUGCACACAGCUUGGAUAUCUGGCCUGACAGCAGCCUGUCGAGUUCAAACCCCAAAUGAGGAAGACCUCACCUUCUUCAAGUCUACAUGACGUGGUAGAGACCUCACCUUCUUCAAGUCUACAUGACGUGGUACAGACCUCACCUUCUUCAAGUCUACAUGACGUGGUAGAGACCUCACCUUCUUUAAGUCUACAUGACGUGGUAGAGACCUCACCUUCUUUAAGUCUACAUGACGUGGUAGAGACCUCACCUUCUUUAAGUCUACAUGACGUGGUAGAGACCUCACCUUCUUUAAGUCUACAUGACGUGGUAGAGACCUCACCUUCUUUAAGUCUACAUGACGUGGUAGAGACCUCACCUUCUUUAAGUCUACAUGACGUGGUAGAGACCUCACCUUCUUUAAGUCUACAUGACGUGGUAGAGACCUCACCUUCUUCAAGUCUACAUGACGUGGUAGAGACCUCACCUUCUUCAAGUCUACAUGACGUGGUAGAGACCUCACCUUCUUUAAGUCUACAUGACGUGGUAGAGACCUCACCUUCUUUAAGUCUACAUGACGUGGUAGAGACCUCACCUUCUUCAAGUCUACAUGACGUGGUAGAGACCUCACCUUCUUCAAGUCUACAUGACGUGGUAGAGACCUCACCUUCUUUAAGUCUACAUGACGUGGUAGAGACCUCACCUUCUUUAAGUCUACAUGACGUGGUAGAGACCUCACCUUCUUCAAGUCUACAUGACGUGGUAGAGACCUCACCUUCUUUAAGUCUACAUGACGUGGUAGAGACCUCACCUUCUUUAAGUCUACAUGACGUGGUAGAGACCUCACCUUCUUUAAGUCUACAUGACGUGGUAGAGACCUCACCUUCUUCAAGUCUACAUGACGUGGUAGAGACCUCACCUUCUUCAAGUCUACAUGACGUGGUAGAGAUAUGGACUAGAUCAAAGAAAAGAAGGAUUUAAAAGAAGAUCUGCAUUCAAUCAUUUGAUGACUUUGUAGCGUGGCAGCAGUGGAGGAGGCUUCUGGAACGCUGGGACUAACUAAGAUGAAGCAAGGCCGAAAUUUUGGAUUUUCAAAGACACCGAUCUGUACACUGCAAAAACUUCAAAUCUUACCAAGUGAAAUGUUCUCUUUUUAUAGU